AUGCUUCAUCCUCACCCCCCAGCUCCAAGAAACAACCGUACACAUGCAAGAGCACCUAGAGCACCUAGAGGUCACAUUCAAUCAGCUCUGCAUGCACAGCCUCUUGUACAUUCUCAGCCUUUCUCCCGAGGUCAACGGCACCAUCCUGUGAACUCCCGCGGAGGACAAUCACAUAUCUACCAAAGUCAGAGAGGUCGUCCUAGAGGACAGAUGUAUACAGCCAACUUUCAGCCAUCAUGGGGAGCACCAAACAGUAACGGAGCUCCCGGCCGUAGUCGUUCCAACUACAGAGGUCGCAGAUCCAGGAAGAAGUUUGCAGCCAAUACGAGAACUCAAAACACUAGACACCUUACUACAAUGUCUACAGCUCCAUUUUUCAAUCUCAAACGCCCAUCUUCCAAUUCGACUGAAGGGAAAGCAGUAGCGCAGAUACCUUCACCGUUUCAACGGCUCCCACCGGAAAUUCGAGACCAAAUCUAUGAACAUAUAUUUGAGCCUCACCGUGUCGAGCUCAUACGAAGAAGCGAGAAAGAUCCGACUAAACACCCAAAGAGAGUGUACUACCGCCUAUAUCAUAACCAGCUUCGAUCGCGCAAUCCCAUCACGCAGCAAAUUCAGGACCCCAGUCGGAAAACUCAACUCCCUGUGCCCAUAGCACUGGUUUUUACAUGUCGCAGUAUUUAUUGCGACACCCUUUGGUGGCUGUACUCCACUACCCAAUUUGUCUUCACUUCGACGAAGACUAUGAACCGCUUCUUCAACACCAUCCCCUCGGAAGUACAGCCUGCAAUUCGACAUGUCGAGAUCAACCAGGAAAUGCACAGUGAACCAAGUUUGACCGAGCAUCGUAUCCACAAGGUCCGAAGUGACUGGGCUUUCACAAUGGCAUGUGAGAACUUGGUGAGGUGCUGUUCAGGACUGCAAGUCUUGUACAUUUACUUCCGCAUCCGUGACUGGCCUAUGAGCCUCGAGAUCGGCGAAACAUGGUCAUUGCCAAUGAUGGCCUUUGCGGAAUACAAAGGUAAAGGUGGCUUAGACGUCGUCACCAUCAAUCUCGAUAUGCCGAGGUUUGGGGUCCAGAAGUUGAAGAAUAUGGCCAAAAUAUUGGAAAAACGAUUCAUGAAGCCCAAGGCGUUCCAGAUCAGGGAGGAUGAGCGAUUGGCUAGAGAGUUGAGUUGCUCUUUCAUGGAAUUGCGGGUAGAGGGAAAUGACUGA